UGUCUGUAGGUGGCAGUAUGGAAUAACUGAAAGACCUUUAGCGAGGCUCACACACAGGCAGGAACUCAACUCUUCGCGGUGAACGAUGUGUUCGGCUAUUCGUGCUGCCUUUCUCUGCUCGCAGUUCUCUCGGAAAACCACAUCUGUAUUUUCACCUCAUUUGAGAAAAAUGGUGCAUUACCAAACAGAGCCGAGAGGACGAGCAAACUCUCCUGACUACAGGAUUUACUUCAAAUCUUCAGAUGGAAAGUGUAUCUCUCCUUUCCAUGACAUUCCUCUGUAUGCUGCUGACCAACAGCAGGAAUCUGAUGUUCCACCAAAGAAAAUCAAAACGAAUGAGAUUCUGUUUAAUAUGGUCGUAGAAGUGCCUCGUUGGUCAAAUGCAAAGAUGGAGAUAGCAACAAAGGAGCCUUUAAACCCAAUCAAGCAAGAUGUGAAGAACGGCAAGCUGAGAUAUGUUGCUAACAUUUUUCCACACAAAGGAUACAUUUGGAACUAUGGUGCACUUCCACAGACAUGGGAAGAUCCCAGCCACACUGACCAGGAAACUAAAUGUUGUGGAGAUAAUGACCCCAUAGACGUGUGUGAGAUCGGCUCCAAGGUGUGUGCAACAGGGCAGGUGAUUCAGGUUAAAGUUCUGGGAAUUCUGGCUUUGAUCGAUGAAGGAGAGACGGACUGGAAGGUAAUAGCCAUCAACAUCGAGGACCCGGAUGCUUCGAGCCUCAACAGUAUUGAGGAUGUGAGAAAGAUGAAGCCUGGUCAUCUUGAGGCUACCGUGGAUUGGUUUAAAACAUAUAAAGUGCCGGAUGGGAAGCCUGAGAACCGGUUGGCCUUCGGUGGACAGUUUAAGGAUAAGGACUUUGCUGUAGAAGUCAUAAAAGCAACACACAGCUUCUGGAAAGCAUUAGUGUUGAGAAAAAAGAUGAAAGGUGAAGGAAUUAUUUGUCAGAACUCGUCUUUGUGUGACAGUCCAUUCAGAUGCAGCAAUGCAGAGGCCCACGCUGUACUGCAAGCUGCUCCAGAAUACGGGGAACCCCUCCCAGUGUCUUCUGAAGUGGACAAAUGGCACUUCAUCACAAAGUAACAGAGCGUUCGCUCUUUGCAGUUUGAUCUCAAAAGAAGGUGUUCAGUAUGUCCUGCUACAGAGAUUUGUUUCGUUGCUGUUUUAUUUUUAAAACAUUGCUUUGUUUAUUAGCGUCCACACACACACACACACUCGUCAUUCAUUUCUUAUAUAUGGGCUGAAAUGAGCAAGUGACAUUGGUGUAUGUGUUUUCUCUACUUAGUUACUGUUAUGAACAUAUUUCAGAAUGCAUGUAUUUCAGUGCCAAAGCUAGUUACCUUUCAUGCUUUGAAGGUUGAAUAGUUAACCUCUAUAACUUGAGAUCUGUAUCUUUUACAGUGCCUUUUAGAUGCAUGUGUUUACUUCUAUUUAUGCACCUCGAUUGACAAGUCACUUAGGAACAAAUGUGUAUUAUUAAGGGCAGCCUUUUAUGUUUUUAUAAGCAUUCAUUUUUUUUUUAAAGAAAACCCUUAGUGAGAGUUGCUAAAAUCACAAUUACCUAAAUUAGGAAACGCUGUACUUAUUUUUCCCUGAAAUGUGUAGAAUCAAAAAUCAAGGAGUAGAAGACAGAAAAUAAACUUGAUUAAUAUUU